GUGGGGCAGUCUGAUCUCAAUUUCCCACUUGUAAUUAUUUGUGGUCUAUGCCCGACACCUCUGUUCACCCGUGAGCUAAUACAGCAGCCGACGCCGCAUACACGCAUAUUUUAGGUCAAGGCCAUUGGUGCCCCCUACUGGUACAAUAGUGGAAAAAGAUAGUUUUUCUGGUGAAGAGAUGAUCGGGAAACUACCGCGUCCACCUGUAUUUUUAUUUAAAAAGAUAACUUGUUACUUUGGUAGAGGAGUCAGAACUGGUAACUCGUAUAAAAAUAGUUCUAUGUUUUCGAGAGACAUGCUGCGACGAGUUCAUUUGUUUUUUUUUUACUAUGAAGCAUGUGUUUUAAAUUCAAAAUAAGGUCAAUUUGUACAUACAAUUAUGGAAAUCCUGAAAUUAUGGAAAACCUACUUUAUAAAAUUAAUCAGCCAAACAACCAUUUAUAUCAUUUAUCGCCACAAUGAAAAGUAUCAGAUUCCUUGCAGUGUUCCAUUAUGCUGUGUAGAAGAUCCUUCUAUGCUUUAUGAAAAAAAAUAACUUGAAAAAUACAUCUCAGCGAUAAAUUCAGGUAUUAUCUCACAGUUAAAGUGAAAACGGUUGAUUUUGCUGUUAAAUAUCGCUGUUUGUGCUACAUUUACUACAUAUUCGGCACCAUAGAGAACCGGGUUUUGUGACUUAUCCUCAUAAGAAAAACACUAAGUUAAAUACAGCGGCUUUCGUUAGGUAGUCUGAACAAGUCACGGUGCCAACACUGGGUUUCACAACGUUGAAGUGGUUGCAGUAUUUAAAACCGGAAUGAGACAGCUAGGAUUCUGUUGGCUAGUUUAAACAAAUGCAAUUUUUUAAAUAAUAAAUCACGUGUCUAAGCUGUUGCCAUGGUCGCAAGCAUGCUUGCUGACUUUUUUAAAAACUGUACAGAGCGUGAACAUGCAUUUCCGGGGUCCAAUAUAACUCUGGCCUUCAUCGAUAGUUGAAUCGGAAACAGGACAACUUGUUUCGCAGUGUGACCGGCGGGUCCCCGGCAAGUGCGCGGUGGUGUAGCCCAGUUUGAAGUUUGAGGCGGUGCGCCGGGCUGCUGCCUUACUCGCGGUGCGACUCGCUGGCCUGGGCUCCUGUGUUUUGACGCUUUGACAUUCGGACAGCGCACCACCAACUAGGGAUGCCGAACAUCACGGAGAAGCCGGCGGAGAGUGAAGAACUACCUUCAGACACACCGGACCUGGCGACACCGGAUCCUCCCUGUGCCAGCCCCCCCAGGCCGGCCCCUCUGGAGGAGGUGAUGGAGAUUGAGAGGAAUGUGUCCAACCUCAGCAUCGCCCACGAGAUCGUGGUCAACAGGGACUUUUGCUUCAGGCAGAGCUGCCCGCCUCCGGACAGCUUAGAGGGCAGAGUGAAGGAGAUGAUGCACAAAGCGUUUUGGGACAGCCUGCAGGCUCAGCUGUCCCUCAAUCCUCCAGAUUACACCCAGGCUAUCCGGCUCCUGCAGGAGGUCAAAGAGGCGCUGCUGUCGCUCCUCCUGCCCGGCCACACGCGGCUGCGGGCGCAGGUGGGUGAGGCCCUGGACCUGGCUCUGAUCCGGCAGCAGGCGGAACACGGCGCCCUGGACCUGCAGCGGCUGGGCGGCUUUGUCAUCGCCACCAUGGCCGCACUGUGUGCCCCCGCGCGCGACGGCGAGAUCCGCCGGCUCCGGGAGCUGUCGGAGCCCGUGCCUCUGCUCAGGGAGAUCCUACGCGUGCUGGGCCUGAUGAAGAUGGACGCGGUCAACUUCACCGUGCAGGCCCUGCGGCCCCACCUCCUGCAGCAGGCCGUCCAGUACGAGCGCGCCAAGUUCCAGGAGAUCCUGGACAAGCGGUCAGAUGCCCUGGACAACACCACCGCCUGGCUGCAGAGGGCAGUGAAAGAGGUGUCCACUGCCUGUGUUCCUCCCGACUCUGGUGCCCCGAGUCCAGGCCAGACUCCCGCGCCCCGAGAGGAGGGCUCCCCUUGCAGCCCCAGCGCCGUGCUCAACCAGGCCUACCUGCACCUGCUGUGUUGGGACCCCGAGUGCCCGCUGUACCCUGAGACAGUUCUGAUGGACCGAUCCCGUCUGGACGGGCUGCAGCGCCAAGUGGACCAGCUGACCGUGAUGGCAGCGGUUCUGCUGGUGACCAGCAGCCAGUGCGGUGGUGCCGUGUGCUCCGGGCCCGGGUUUGUAGAUAAACUCAAGGAGGUCAUGGCUGCCCUGCUGGAGGGCAGUCACAGCAGGUCAUUUAACCUGCAGGAGGCGCUGCUGGGGGUGGGCGAGCAGGUGCAGCGGCUGGUGAACCAGGGGCUGCGUGCCCAGGGGGGCCCGGCCAUGGACCGCGACCAGGAGGCCGUCCUGCGAGGCCAGAUCAGAGACAUCGCGAAGACGGACAAUCCUGUUCGCACUCUCCUAGCGUCUCGUAUCCAGAGCUUCCUGCGGACGUUCCUGGGCUCCCCAGCAGGCCAGAGGGGUCCCAUGGUGCCCCCUGCAGGGCUGGCCUCAGUGGGCGCGGAGCUGACGGAGAUCGGAGCAGCGUUCGGCCGCAUUACUCACCACAACCGCCUGGUCUUCGGGCCCUUCUACUCCGCCAUCCUGAAGAAGGCGCUGUUUCCCGAAGGGGAAUGUGAUACGGGCAUUGAUUCCCGCUAGGGUCCCGGAGAGGGCCAGGGCUCGGGGCUGGGGCUCACGGCUGGGACAGGGCAGGUUGUUCUGGAUCACCGUCAAGGCGCUUUCGCAAUCCUGCCUUGUAUGGGCUGCUUCUCCCUUUUACUCGGAGCCAUUUGGCAUUGUACUAUAUAAAGUAUGUUAUAAGGAACACUUCCUUGUACUUGUGGGCUCUGGUUUUAGGGUAAAUAUAGGUUUGUUUGUUUUUUUCAAAAAGUCAGACUGAUUUUUUUUUUCCCAUGAUAAGUCUGACAGAAAAAAAAAAGUUGACAUCAUGUAAAAACAACAAAGAAAAAAAAAAGGGACAUUCGGGCAGCAAUCAAGAAUCAUGCUGUAGUCUCUUUUACAGCAUUUUUAUUCUUGUAACAGAGCUGAGCCUAUUAGCUGCCUAAACAGAGUGGAAAACUGCAGCAACAUCAGCUGGUUUUGACUCUCAAAGACAAGGGCUCGCCUGCUGCAUUUUUAAAUCCCCCAGAUCAAGCGCAAAGAUCCGAACCACGGAGUGUAAGUGUUGUGGCUCCUGCGCUUCUCUGAAACUGAACAAUCUAGAGAAAUAUUGGAAUGGGAGUUGCCAUUUUUUAAAAAGAGUAGAGUGGGCUGGAACUUGAGCUUUCAUUUUCUGUCACGCUCUGCCGAGUAAAAUCGGGCUCUCUGUUGAAAUAUUCAUGCCCCCAGUGAAGGCAGCGGGCUGCCGUGUAGAUAAAUCUGAGCAGUUCCAAAGCAGGCAAUGCUUUCAUCUGAUUUGAGGAUCUUUAAAUAUACACCUAGCAUGACUCUACACCUUAAACCAGCCCAGAGACCAUACUGAGCAAACAGGCAUUCAGAGCAUUAAAACAGUCACUUCCACCCCAUCCCCCAGUUGUCCCCAAGGUCAGUUGUGUGCUGCAUUUAUCCUUUUACUGGAGUAACAGAUGACAUGAAUUGGUAACGUGUAUAAGCAAUGUACAGUACAGAUGCUGGUUUUAGUAAUCAACGUGGACUGUUCUGUGGGCACUGGUGUGCAUGUGUGAUAUUGAAUAAGCUAGAGAGAACUGCUGUGAAACUGCUACGCUGAGAUGAUUUUAUAGGCUGGAUACCUCUUUUCUUCCAAAGAGUUUGUAAAUACAGAGCUUGUUCAGCUGGAAUAAAAUGAGUGUAUUUUAUGAUUUUUAA